ACUUUGGCUCCUGGAGUGACAAGUCAACACAUGGCCGACACUAUAUAAACUGAUCAGGCCUACAGAUGCUCUGCUUUUUCUUCAUCAUCACACCUCUGGGAGGGAAUAAAAUCAACCAUGAACAAACUGCUGCUUGUCACUGUGCUGCUUGCACUCCUUGCCAUUAGUGUUGAAAGCUUCCGUAUGCCGAGGCAGGCCGAGGAAGAUCAAGGCACCCUGACCAUGAUCAGCGACACAAUCAAGUCGUACUACAACAACGUGGUCAACACGGCCUCUGAUUAUAUGGAGACCCUCAAGAACCUCAAGAUCGAGGAGAAAGUCAACAACCUUUACACAGAAACGACCACAAUUUUGAGCACCUACAAUGGAAUCCUGCAGGACCAGCUCUAUCACCUCUUUUACUCCCAAGAUGCAUAAACCCUCACCGGCCACUGAAGGACUUUAACACUUGAGCAACAGUGAACACACCGCAGCUAUGUAGACAAAAGAAGGAAGAAGAACAUUCCUAUAAAUGCCAUGAAAUGAGGAAAAACCAGCCAACAGUGUUGUCAUCUUACGCCUCCCCACCACAAACCUCAACAAGUUUUUCUCAUGCUUUAUAACAUUAAAAGUAUUUAUACAUAAACCUU